CCCGUUAAAUCUCUUCACACGAGAGGAAGAGAAACAAGAAGAGCGUCACAUCAUCUGGCACUGCCGUUGGAAAAGAAACACUGAACCCGAUUGAGAGUCAUUUUGGGCCUUCAGCUGAUCCGUGCAGACACAACAGCAUGUCUUUCUGUCACUUCUCCGGCGGGGAGGUCUACAAGGAUCAUUUCAAACCAGGUGAGCUGAUUGUUGAGAGCAGUGCUGUGAUACUCACUGCCUACAAGGUUCUGUGUGGAAAGUGUGGCAGCGGGCUAGGCCAUGAGUUUGUAAAUGACGGCCCAGAGGAAGGAGUCUCACGCUUUUGAAUAUUCAGUCACUCGCUCAAGUUUGUCCCCAACAAAGGCAAGGACAAGCAGUAAAGAGCGAGGUGCAUGAGUUUUGACUCCAGUUGCUGUUAUCUGCUGCUCAGUCCAGGAGCAGCGAACGGGUCGGGUCAGUGGGUGACGUGGACGGGACAAAGGCCUGACUGGGACAUCCUGUCCACUGAGGAAUCUUUGACCAGCCUGUGACACUGUGACAGGACCACACCUCUGCAAAUAUUCCUUUAAGUAAAAACAAAUGUUACAUUCCUGGAAUACCUCAUAUUUUAAAACAUCUUAACUUUCUUGAGCUUAUAUCUUAUAUCAGUAGAUUCACGUCAUUUUAGCAAGGAAUUAGGUUUUUGUUUCUGUUUGAUUUUUACGUUAUAUUGCUGUUAUCCUUCACUCCCAUUCACUUCCCAAGGGCAAAUGUAACCAUAUUAUCUAUGCACUGAAGAAUUAAAAAAAAAAAAAUUGUCAGUCUGCUCUUUUGAUGAUCUGUUUUGUAUGUUUAUUUCAAGCCGAUGCAACAGCAAAGAAACUAAUAACUGUUAUAAUCAGCAUUUUCCCUCCUUUUUGUUAUUUACUCUAAGCCAGUGUACAUGAACAGAUACGAAAAUGCUAAAGUCAAUGUCUCAGAACUUUUGUACAUUUGCAUUUUAUUUUGAAAAGCUCACAUUAGAGUCAAGAGUUUAGUGGACAAAUGCACAUUUUGCACAUGUAUGCUCCAUACAGGAUAUUGACGCUCGCAUGAAAGAACAAACAAUAAAUUCUAGUUUGAUAGAU